GAACUACAAAAUCUCUGAAGAGAACUGGAGACUGACAAAGCAGGGCGAUUCCUCAGCUGUGCACUCUUCUAAAAGAGAAACUGCUUUUGAGGGCUGGGAAAGAUGACAGGAGAAAAAAGCAAAAGAAAUGCAGUCUGCAGGAAGAUGCAGGCUGUUCGCUUUGAAGAUAUCAAAAUCUGGUGUAUGAGAAGGCUGCCCAUCUUGAAAUGGAUGCCUAUCUACAAUUGGAAGGAAAAUUUGAUUCCUGAUACCGUUUCUGGGAUGAUGCUAGCCAUCCAACAGGUGACUCAAGGGCUGGCCUUUGCUAUUCUGUCUUCAGUCCAUCCAGUUUUUGGUUUAUAUGGCUCUUUCUUCCCUGUCAUUAUAUAUGCCAUAUUUGGAAUGGGACGUCAUGUUGCAACAGGAACUUUUGCUUUAACUUCCUUAAUAUCUGCCAAUGCUGUUGAGCGUCUUGUUCCUUCAGCCAGUGAUAAUUUCACUACAAACAAUAAUUCAGGAGCUUUGGGCCUAUCAGAGUUCGAAAUGCAGAGGAUUGGUGUUGCAGCAGCAGUUUCAUUUCUAGGAGGAAUCAUCCAGGUAGUGAUGUUUAUGCUGCAGCUGGGGAGUGCCACAUUCUUAUUAACAGAACCAGUGAUAAGUGCAAUGACAACAGGAGCGGCUACACAUGUUGUGACUUCACAAGUGAAGUAUCUGCUGGGAAUGAAAAUGCCAUAUAUAUCGGGACCACUGGGAUUUUUUCAUAUUUAUGCCUACAUAUUUGAGAAUAUCAGAUCAGUUCAGUUGGAAGCUCUACUUCUCUCCUUGCUGAGCAUUGCAGUGCUUGUUCUUGUUAAAGAACUGAAUGAGAAAUUUCAGAAAAACAUUAAAGUUGUUCUUCCCAUCGACCUCCUUUUGAUAAUUGCUACAUCCGUUGCUUGCUACUAUGCUGAUAUGGAAUACAUCUACGGGCUAGAAGUUGUGGGACAUAUUCCUGAAGGGUUACCCUCUCCAAAACCACCACCCAUGAAUGUCCUACCUGAAGUAGUCACUGAAGCUUUUGGAGUAGCCCUGGUUGGUUAUGUAGCAUCAGUAGCUCUUGCCCAAGACUCUGCUAAAAAAUUUAAAUACACUGUGGAUGACAACCAGGAAGUUUUGGCUCAUGGCCUCAGCAAUGUGAUUCCUUCAUUUUUCUUUUGCAUACCAAGUGCUGCAGCGAUGGGACGGACUGCACUCUUGUACAGUACAGGUGCCAAAACACAGGUUGCUUGCCUUAUCUCUUGUGCGUUAAUUCUAGUGGUGAUAUAUGCAAUUGGACCUAUGCUGUACUGGCUGCCUAUGUGUGUGCUAGCAAGCAUUAUUGUUGUGGGCUUGAAGGGGAUGCUAAUACAGUUCCGGGAUUUAAAAAAAUAUUGGAAUGUGGAUAAAGUAGACUGGAGCAUAUGGGUUAGUACCUACAUAUUUACAAUAUGCUUUGCUGCUAACGUGGGACUGUUGUAUGGUGUUCUCUGCACUAUAGUAAUUGUGAUUUUCCGCUUUCCCAGAGCAAAGACACUGAAUUUGAAAAACAUGAAAGAAGUGGAAUAUAAAUACAAAACAGAAGAUAAUUGUGAAUCAUUAAAACAGGUAAACAUAGUUUCAGUCAACAACCCAUUAGUCUUUUUGAAUGCUAGGAAAUUUCAUGCUGACCUGACAAAGAUAAUCCAAAAGGAUAACAGGAGCAAUGAGGCAUGUGAAGAUGUAAACAAGUGUGAGCAGGACACGUUGCUGUGUUCAUUUUCCAAUGGAAGUUGUCAUGGUGAAUCAUUGCAGUCAUGUCACAGUGAGCAACGUGUUUUGAUAUUAGAUUGCAGUGGGCUGAAUUUCUUUGACUACACUGGAGUCUCAGUGCUGCUUCAGGUUUACAUGGACUGUAAAAGCAGACACAUCAAUGUGUUGCUAGCACACUGCAAAGCUUCCUUGAUAAAAGCACUGCAGUACGGUGGAAAUCUUGAAUCUGAAACUCCUGUCUUCUUUGAAUCUAUUUCUUCAGCAAUCGAUGCCAUUCAGAUUCACAGGGUGAGACUUACAACAGGGGUAGGUAAUGUCUGGAGGGCUUCUUGGAUGCUCACAGCAAUUGAACCCCUGGAUUUCUUACAGCUACUUUAAACAGCAUCACAUUGUUCUGACUGAAAGGCUUCUGGAUCCUGAGCAAGUUUGUUUCAAGCUAAUAAGCUUGUCUGUACCCUGCACUGUAGUGUGCUGUGUUGGCUCACUGGUGGAAAGAAGAGAGAGGAAUUGCAUGAGGUAUAAGGGAGAGCUAGAGGGAGAACUAAGACUUGGCUCAGAAAUUGAGGCUUGAGGCCUGAACAUACAUUUACUUGAACACAUAUUUACUUGCUCAGUAAUUCUUGCAUUCUCUGUAUAAAAGCUCGGGUUUUCCUCAUAAACCAUGUGAGCUUUUUCCAUUGUAAUCCCAGUGUAACUGAAUGUGCAUUACAAGUAGUGUGCUUUCCUUUCCCAUGGUUCUAUUUACAAUUCCAAACAUGGCUAGAGCUUGGCUCAGAGCCUUCUCCAAGAGACAUUAAACUCGUCAUGGUCUGUGGUUUUGGGUUUUAUUCCUCCACUUUAUAUUUUACUAAUUAAAUUAGAGGUGCCUGUGGACAAAAUCCCUUUUCACUGAUUUAUCCAGACAAGGUAAGUUGGCACAUUGGUCUAGUGAGUUCACCAGAAAAACCUGUUCUAUUCAGAGCUUUUCAUAAUUUCUCAUUUUGUUGCCCUGCAAAAAAAUAUAAUUUACUGAAAUGGUAACUGCAGGGCAAAAAUAGUGGGGAUGGCUGUUGUAUAUUUUGUCUGGGUCUGAUUAGAUGAAUUAGGAUGAUUGUUGUGCCUUAAAAUGUCUGCAUUCUUUACAGGCAUUAAUUAACCUUCCUAACAUUCUUGUAAGACAGCUAUGUAUUAGCACUCUCAUUUUGUGGGAAUGGGAC